CAGUGUCACCAUGUCGCGGCCCAGCAGCAGAGCCAUUUACCUGCACCGGAAGGAGUACUCCCAGAGCCUGGCCUCGGAGCCCACCCUCCUGCAGCACAGGGUGGAGCACUUGAUGACGUGUAAGCUGGGCACGCCCAGAGUCCAGGAGCCCAAGGAUGCCCUGCAGAAGUUGCAGGAGAUGGAUGCUCAGGGUCGGGUGUGGAGCCAAGACUUGAUCCUGCAGGUCAGAGACGGCUGGAUCCAGCUGCUGGACAUUGAGACCAAGGAGGAGCUGGACUCUUACCGCCUGGACAGCAUCCAGGCCAUGGACGUGGCACUCAACACCUGCUCCUACAAUUCCAUCCUGUCCAUCACCAUGCAGGAGUCAGGCCUGCCAGGCGCCAGCACUCUACUCUUCCAGUGCCAGGAAGUGGGGGCAGAGCGACUGAAGACCAGCCUGCAGAAGGCCCUGGAGGAAGAACAGGAGCAAAGACCCCAAUUUGGAGCCCUUCGCCCAGGCCAGAACAGAUGGAAGGGGCCUCCUCUGGAAAGGCCCCUCCCUAUGGAGCAGGCAGCCUCUCUGGAGCGGAGGUCCCUCCUGGACCGAGGACUCCCUCCAGAGCAGGGCCUCCCUCCAGAGCGGGGGCUCCCUCCAGGACAGCCCCACUGGAUGACCCUGGAGCACAGCCUCCCACCCUCCCCAAGAUCCCUGCCACGCCACCCUAGUGCCCGAGAAUCAAGUGCCUUUGCUCAGCCUCCUCCAAGGCGGUCCCCAUCCCCCGAGGACACCAAGAGGGAUGAGGAGGUGCUGAACCAUGUCCUAAGGGACAUCGAGCUGUUCAUGGGAAGGUUGAAAGAGGCCCAAGCAAAGGCCAGCCACAAGAAGAAGAGACUUGGGAAAAAAAACAAGGAUCAGGGAGGGCUUACACAGGCUCAGUACAUUGACUGCUUCCAGAAGAUCAAGUACAGCUUCAACCUCCUGGGGAAGCUGGCCAACUGGCUGCAGGAGAACAGUGCUCCUGAGAUCGUGCACAUCCUCUUCCAAACUCUGAACUCCAUCCUGGCCCAGUGCUCUGAGGCCGGCUUGGCAGCCCAAGUGAUCUCACCCCUCCUCACCCGCAAAGCCAUCAACCUGCUGCAGUCAUGUCUAACCCCAGCUGAGGAUAAACUUUGGAUGGGGCUGGGCCCGGCCUGGACCACCAGCCGGGAUGACUGGACAAGCAGUGAGCCCCCACCAUACCAAGCCACAUUCUACGACGGCUGGCAGUAUCCAGAGCCCUCUACCCAGGCACCCUUAGGAUCCCAGGACUCUAUUUCCCUCCGGGGGAGAAGUCCUAGGUUAGGGAGCACCUCACACUUUGCUCAGGAGAAGACACACCACCAUGACCCUCAGCCUGGGGACCCCAACCUCCAGUCCUCCAGCCCUCCAGCCCUGAAAAUGCAAGUGCUGUAUGAGUUUGAAGCUAGGAACCCACAGGAACUGACGGUGGCCCAGGGGGAGGUACUGGAGGUUCUGGACCAGAGCAAGCGGUGGUGGCUGGUGAAGAACGCGGCGGGACAGAGCGGCUAUAUUCCCAGCAACAUCCUGGAGCUCCUACAGCUGGAGACCCACUGGAGCCAGGGCCAAUCACCCCCGCGGGCUCCCAUGCUGCGACUGAGCUCGAGGCCCGAGGAAGUUGCAGCCUGGCUGAGAGCAGAGAACUUCUCCACUGUCACGGUGAGGACCCUCGGGGCCCUGAUGGGGAACCAGCUGCUUCGAAUGAGCCCUGGGGAGCUGAAGAUGCUAUGUCCACAGGAGGCCCCACGGGUUCUGACACGCCUGGAUGCUGUCAGGAGGAUGCUGGGGUACGGCUCGCAGGCGUGGGGGAGCGCGGAGCACUUCGACUCGCCGGGCUCGCCUGCUGCGCGCACUCCAGCGGCCAGCCUCGGGAUUCGCCGCCAGAAGUCGCGCCUGCGCGUUGCUCUGGGGACCGGCGGGGGGGCGGGGCCCGAGCACUGGCCACGCCCACUCAGUCGGGUAUAA